AACCUCACGUCGAACCUGUUCCACCAUCGCCAAGCUGUCGAUACCCCCAAACCUCCCAGCGCGAAUUCUUGCCCGCGCCCUCCUCCGUAGCCGACUGCCUACGCCACUCGCGCCGACUGCCAGGCUCUCAUACCAACCCCUUCUCACCAUGGCAACCAAGACCUUCAAGCUCAACACCGGCCAAGAUAUUCCCGCCAUCGGGCUCGGGACGUGGCAAUCCGAGCCGGGCAAGGUGCGAACGGCGGUCGCGGAGGCACUCAAGGCCGGGUACCGGCUGAUCGACUGCGCGUACUGCUACGGCAACGAGGAGGAGGUCGGGCAGGGGCUGGCCGACGCGUUCGCCGAGGGCGUCGUCAAGCGGGAGGACGUCUUCGUCGUGUCCAAGGUGUGGGCCACCUACACGACGCGGUGCGAGCUCGGGCUGCAGAAGAGCCUCAAGAGUCUCGGCCUGGACUACGUCGAUCUGUUCCUGGUGCACUGGCCUUUGUUGAUGAACCCCGAGGGCAACGAUGACAGGUUCCCGAAGCUGCCCAACGGCGAGCGCGACAUCAUCCGCUCCCACAACCACGUGGACACCUGGAAGCAGAUGGAGAAGCUGCUCGCCACAGGCAAGACCAAGGCCAUCGGCGUGUCCAACUACAGCAAGCGCUACCUCGAACAGCUCCUCCCGCACGCCACCGUCGUGCCCGCCGUCAACCAGAUCGAGAACCACCCGGCGCUGCCGCAGCAGGAAAUCGUCGACCUCUGCAAGGAGAAGGGCAUCCACAUCAUGGCGUACAGCCCGCUCGGCAGCACCGGCGGACCGCUCUUCACCGCCGAGCCCGUGGUCAAGGUGGCCGAAAAGCACGGUGUCAAGCCCUCGGCCGUUUUGCUGAGCUAUCACCUCCCCCGCGGCAGCACCGUCCUGGCAAAGUCGGUGACCCCGGAGCGCAUCAGGGAGAACCUGAACCUGAUUGAGCUGGACGCUGAGGAUAUGAAGCUGCUGAACGACUACUCGGACAAGUUGACCAAGGAGGGCAAGCUGCAGCGGUUUGUCUACCCGCCGUUCGGGGUGGAUUUCGGGUUCCCGGAUAAGUCGUAGGUUUCGUUGAUGGUUAGAGUGGAUAGAAUGGGUUGGAUAAGGGAUCUUGAAUAGACAUCUGAGAUACGCCCAGUUGUUUUGCUCUAGAUCCGGUACAUGUGCAGCUUUACACAGUAAGUCCGGUAA